AUGAUGCAACCCACCACCUCUCCCACCCAUCCACCAAAGGACGACCCCUUUACCUCCAGCGAACUCGCCCAAUACGACGGAUCCGACGAUUCCAAACCCGUCUAUGUCUGCAUCAAGGGUCAAAUCUUUGACGUUUCUGCAAAGAGGGAAAUGUAUCUCCCUGGAAAAGGAUACCACAUAUUUGCUGGAAAAGAUGGAAGUAAAGGAUUGGGAUUGAGUAGCUUGAAGCCAGAGGAUGCAAUUGCGGACUACUCCGAGUUGGAUGAGAAGCACUUGAAGGUCUUGGAUGACUGGGUCGCUUACUACACCAAGAGGUACAACAUCGUCGGGCGACUGGUAGACAAUUGAGCAGGAGAUGUAGACUUCCAAAGAUUGCGACUGGGCCUCCUCUCAUAUACAUUGCAUUCAGUCACACGCACAG